AUGACAUCAACUCAAAUUUCUGAAAGAUCAUCAUCAUCAAUGGAUAUGGAAUCAAGUGUACCUCCAGGAUUUAGAUUUCAUCCGACAGAAGAGGAACUUGUAGGGUAUUAUCUCAACAGGAAAAUCAACUCACUUAAGAUUGAUCUAGAUGUUAUUGUUGAGGUUGAUCUCUACAAAAUUGAACCAUGGGACAUACAAGAUAAAUGCAAGCUAGGGUAUGAGCAACAGAAUGAGUGGUACUUUUUCAGCCACAAAGAUAAGAAGUAUCCAACAGGAACAAGAACUAAUAGAGCUACUGCAGCUGGAUUCUGGAAAGCAACUGGAAGAGAUAAAGCUGUAACUUCCAAGAAUAGAAUCAUAGGAAUGAGAAAAACCCUUGUCUUCUACAAAGGACGUGCCCCUAAUGGAAGAAAAACUGAUUGGAUUAUGCAUGAAUAUAGGCAUCAAACCUCUGAACAUGGCCCUCCACAGGAAGAAGGAUGGGUUGUGUGUAGAGCAUUUAAAAAGCCAAGUCCAAGUCACAGGCCAGGUUAUGAACCAUGGUAUAGCAAUCAGCAACAACCACAAUAUUUCAGAGAUAAUAUUCAAAUUCAAAGCUAUGCAACAACAAGACCUUUAUCAAUCACAGAUCUUUUGCAUGAAGAUAGUCCAACAACAAUAGAAUGUAGCCAACAACAACAUCACAUUAAUGGUCUCAUCACAAAUGAAGAAUAUUGCAGUGAAGAUAGAAGCAAUGAUAAUAACAAUAAUGGACAAGUGAUUGAUUGGAAAAGUUUGGACAACUUGUUCACUUCACAGUUUACAGAUACAGCUAAUUACUUUUCACAUCAAAAUAACUUGCCAUUGAUGAUAACUCAUAGCAAUAACCAGAAUGAGCUACAAUCUCAAAAUCAAGUUAAUAAUAUCUUGGGAUGCUUUCCUGAUUCAUAA